CUGAGGAGGCGCAUCGCCCGGGCAGCGCUUCACACAGUAUCCGCUUAAAAUUGCAAGCUCUCUCAAUAAAAUAAAAACAAAAUGUGUAUAUAUGCAUAUGUAUAUAUUCAUAUAGAAAAAUACUAAUAAAAACAACUAAAGAGAAAAAUAGAAAGCAAGCAUUGAUAACACAAAAAAGGAGAGAAACGACCAGAAGACCAAGAGUUGCACCCAGUACCAGCCAGAGUUGCACCCGAUGCCACUGUGUGUAGAUCUGAUAAUCUGUGAACAGCACCACGAAUGACAUUCGACUGCACCCGAAGAUAAAGGAAUACGCACAUAUUAAAACGCCAGUCACAGUCGUGGGGUGGCUUGGAAAACCACCUCGUUUAUUACAAUUCAUUCUUUAAAAGCUGUUUUUUGACAUUCUGCAGUGGAUGUGGCACGAAAUGAUCCUCGAAAGGAAGAUGCACUGACCGUGUCGUUCCCGGGGGUUCUGUUAGGAAACAGGCUGACACUGCAAGCCGGCUGUGCGGAUUGCACAUCUCAUAACUCUGGGAGUUUUACAUGUGCAAGAUGACAUCGGAGUACUUGCUCAGGUCACUUCUGCUUCUCAUUCUAGCGCUGUUCUCCGCUAAUGCCAGCAACUGGUUGUACCUGGCCAAGCUGUCGUCGGUGGGCAGCAUCUCGGAGGAGGAGACCUGUGAGAAGCUGAAGGGUCUGAUCCAGCGGCAGGUUCAGAUCUGCAAGCGCAACGUGGAGGUGAUGGACUCGGUGCGGCGCGGAGCCCAGCUCGCUAUCGACGAGUGCCAGUACCAGUUCCGCAACCGGCGCUGGAACUGCUCCACCCUGGACACGCUGCCCGUCUUCGGGAAGGUUGUCACGCAGGGCACGCGGGAGGCUGCCUUCGUGUACGCCAUCUCCUCAGCAGGUGUGGCGUUUGCUGUGACCAGGGCCUGCAGCAGCGGAGAGCUGGAGAAGUGCGGCUGUGACCGGACUGUGCACGGAGUUAGUCCUGAAGGUUUCCAGUGGUCAGGCUGCUCUGAUAACAUCGCCUACGGAGUGGCGUUCUCUCAGUCCUUCGUGGACGUCAGGGAGAGGAGCAAAGGAUCGUCUUCCAGCCGGGCGCUGAUGAACCUUCACAACAACGAGGCCGGAAGGAAGGCCAUCUUAAGCAACAUGCGCGUGGAGUGCAAGUGCCAUGGCGUGUCAGGGUCCUGCGAGGUGAAGACCUGCUGGAAGGCCAUGCCACCGUUCAGGAAGGUGGGGAACGUCCUGAAGGAGAAGUUCGACGGGGCCACCGAGGUGGAGCAGAAGAAGAUCGGCUCCACCAAGGUCCUGGUGCCCAAGAACUCGCAGUUCAAGCCGCACACCGAUGACGACCUGGUCUACCUGGACCCCAGCCCAGACUUCUGCGAUCACGACCUGAAGAGCGGAUUGCUGGGCACGGCCGGGAGGCAGUGCAACAAGACCUCCAAGGCCAUUGACGGCUGUGAGCUGAUGUGCUGCGGCCGGGGCUUCCACACGGAGGAGGUGGAGGUGGUGGACAGGUGCAGCUGCAAGUUCCACUGGUGCUGCUACGUCAAGUGUAAGCAGUGCCGGAAAGUGGUGGAGAUGCACACGUGUCGGUGAUCGGCGCAAACCCAUGUCGUGGCGCUUGGACGCUACAGCCUCACCGUAAAAAAAAAACCCAAGAAAACUGGACAAAAAAAAAAGGAACAAAGAGACAAGUUCCAGAGAUUCCGUUGUUUUCUAAUUUAAAAGCCCCAAAGGAGUUGUGUGUGUCUUCUUGUUUUGUUUCGUGGUUGUGAUUGUUUAAUUUAUUGGGGGCUCCUGACCGAGGUGGUGGUGAUGACACCGAGGCCCUGACGCUCCAGGGUAAAGGAACUCAUCUUCAGCUCAUGCUGCUUUUGGGACCGAUUUGGAGGACGGCUUUGAGGGGAACUGAAAAUGAGCAACAAAGAGACUUUGAGACUAAUUAACAAAUAAGCAAAUAUAUAAAUAAAUAAACUAAUAAAUACAACUCAGUCCAGGUGUACAUUUAAUAAAAAGGACAGUCAAGUUUGUAUGAAACAACGCGUCAGACUGCCCCAACAGUUUAGUCUCUGUGUGAUGGGAACUCCGUCUUGUUUCAUUGAGGAGGUUCACCUGUGUAAAGGGCUUUGUAGUUUACCCUAGCAGUAAUUUCGAAAGGCAGGAGCCGUGCUUUGGGAUUACACUGUUGCCAUGUUAGCGACAUUGGCCACUCAAACACAAAAGAACCAAUGGAAACAUCUCCUUUCAUCUCUGGACUGACAGAUGAGGAACCCUACAAUACUCCACUACUGAUCCUAUUUCAUGUAAACACUGCUCCCAAGCCAGAAACUGUCAUAGCGGAGAAACUGGCUGUGGUCCUCUGUAAAGAAUACUGUAUGUCUGUAAAUCUGAUUUCCAGAUGGGCUCAUUCUUGCUUGUUCUUGGUAAGAUAGAUGGAGAUGAUACAGGGUGAUUCAUACAUUAUUACAGAACUUUUCACUUCAUUUCAGAUUUACAAGUAGACAAUAAUGGCAGACGGGAACACAGAGAGAUGAAUGUGUGGACUUAUACAAGCCCUGGAAAGUGUGCUUGACAAUGCCUUAGCUAACUGGAAUCAACGCACACUUUCUAGAAUAAUGUCACCCUGUCUAUAUGUUGGCUAAUCCUGCCAGUCAAAGAUAUCUGUGGCCAGUUCCACAAUAUUUAUCCACAACAUCCAUCUUCAGCAGUGUGCUGGUCUACCACUUGAAAUAAAAAUGUUUGCUACAUGGUUGUUCUACAAACGUCCUCGAACUUUUGCUACAGUUUUUAUUUUAUUUAAAUGACACAGCUGAACCCUCUUAUGAACAAAUUAAUCGAGUGACCCCUAGAAUCUGAAGCAAGUUCUGUGUAAACUAUGAUUGAUUGAACAUGAUUAGAUAAAGAGAGGUGUAUUCCAGUAUGUGUUUAUUGUAAAGAUGAUGUUCAUUUGUGUAAACCACUUUGCAAGGGGCUCAACACAGUGCAGGAUGUUGUGGAAGUUGCAAAUAUGUCCCUCUGCCACACAUGCACAGAAAAGUAGAAAGGAUGGCGCAGACCCUGCUGCUUGUGUUGUUCUAGUGUCAGAGUGAAUAAACAAGAACUACCUUUCAGGGACUGAAUCCUCCCCUUCCACUGCUCUGUGUGUGUCCUGAAUCCUCCCUUCUCAACCCUCCAGUGCUCUGUCUGUUUCCUGAAUCCUCUCCUUCCAGUCCUCUUUAUCUGUCCUGAAUUCUCUCCUUCCAACCCUCUGUGCUCUCUGUGUGUGUCCUGAAUUCUCCCCUUCCAGUCCUCUGUGUGUGUCCUGAAUUCUCCCCUUCCAGUCCUCUGUGUGUGUCCUGUCAUCGAGUCUCCACACAUUACAGCCCUUUGCUUCUGAUCCUAACGGGACACCUGCAGGGUUGUAGUGGAAUGUGGGAGGACUAUAAGUUUGAAAGUUAACCUUCAUUCUCUCUAAGAGUUUGCCUAGAAUGGGGAAAAAAACAGAGUUGUGAUGUUUCUGGGGGAGUGUUGUAGCUGCAAAACAUUUUAUCGUAAAUUUGUUUUUUGUUUUGUUUUUUUAAAACAUUUAAAUUGGUCUGUAAGCUAGGUACCCAAGUGGGAAUUGGAAAUUACCAUGAGAACUUAUUAAUUUAUGUUAUUGAAUAAAAUAACUUGAAGCUG